AUGUCCCCGCGUCGCGUUUCUGGGUCAUUAUGUAAUCUUACCUUGAACUCAAAGUACAAUUAUCCUCUUUCCUAUAACAUGGGGAGUAUUAUUGCCAAAAAAGUUUCUAACCCAUUUUGAGCAUUCAUAAGUCCGAAGACAUUGCGAUCAGCCAAACAAUUCCACAAACUCGUCCCAAAUCACUGCGGGGUCUAGAAUUAAUGGCUCCGGCACCUGGCUCUCAGUAUCCCCUUUACAACACUACUUUUCCAUAUAUCGUGCCUCUCCGCUCUACAUUGGCAAAGACGUUCUUAAUAAUGCGGAUUUGCAAGUACAUGCACGUCGAUUUCGAGAUAUAUUAGCAGGUGAUGUUUUACGGGGUGUUCGGGUUGGAUUAGGGUCCGAAGAUGAUACAUUGGCUCGUGUAGGUGCUCUGCAAACGGUGGUAUGGAAAGUUUUUAGAAGAGAAUCGGAAUGGGCUGUCGAGGAUACAACAGAAGAGACCCUUGGCGAGUCUGGGACGGAGAGUACACAUAAUCAUGGAAUACUGGUGGAAGUCAAUUACGAGAAAGCGAAUUACACUGCAAUUUUAAUACGCUCGACUCCCGAAGACGACAUGGACGUCUCAAUCAUGCAGUCUUCCGAUGAUGAAUCUGUAUUUUUGCGUCUACCUUUGCUAUUAACACGCAUGCCAUUGUCGUUAAGAGAAACAUUCAUUCAAUACGUCUGUCAGAUUUUCGAUACAAGGGUGUCGGCCCUAAAGUUGGAAGGAAACGAUUUGACGAAAUCAUUCGAGCAAUACACAUCCAACACGAUCAACGAAGCUGCAACAGCCGAAGAGCGCCAAGUUGGUAUACAAAAGAUCAUUAAAGAGAUCCAAAUAUCCAUUGGCUUUGACAUACCUGAUGGAUCUGCUACUCUCAAAACUAUUGAAAUCCAUAUUGCCAGGGAGGAUCUACCUCGUAUGCUUUCACGAGGAAAUAAAAUCACCAAAGAUGGAUCUCCGUUUAUGGCUGCAUUGAAAAGUUACAUCAAGGCGCAUUUGGCAUUGGACCUAAAUCAUGAGAAGGUGAAGAUUGUUAAGAUUGCAUGUGGCGCGUUUGUACUUGGCGAAGGAAGGUUAAAGCUCACACAGCCAUCGAGUGUUGAGCAUGAAGAGGGCGGACAAUAUCGGGCAACAAGACAACUCCUCAACGACCUUGUGAAUAUUGCUUCGAGACGAGGACUGUUAGGGGAGAAGUGA